GUGCACAAGAGACUGGACGUGUAAAAGCUAUCCCCCACCCGAAUAUCCACGGUCUUUGCGGAACAAUUCAUAGCUACUUAGGAGUAUAUCGUCGUCUGCCAUAGAUAUAUCAAGCCCCUUUAGGUGUUCCUAUGGAGGACCUGACGGAAACACGUGAUUAUGCGAACUUUGACCCCUACUGGUACGUAGAACACUUUAAUGCCACGGAUGAAGCAUUAAUCAUCAUGCAGACGGACCUAGAUAAUCUCCAUAAAAUAUUCACCGAAUACAAUAUUGGCGGUAAGCGUCUGCUAGAUGUAGGCACUGGUCCUACAAUACACAGUGUGAUCUCGGCUAGCCGUCACGUGGACGAGAUUUUCCUUUCUGACUACGCCCCACAAAACCUGGAAUAUUUGCGAAAAUGGCUUAAAAAGGAUAUAUCUGAACCAACAAAGAUAAUCGAUUACGUCAUCAGCCUCGAAGGUUGCAAGAUGACUGCUGAGGAAAGAGGAAAUCAAGUCAGAGAAAAAGUGAGAGGCAUUCUUCCGAUAGACGUGACGUCAGAAACCCCACUCGGAAGUGCCUAUGACGGGGGUAAAUUUGAUGUCAUAAUUUCGAGUUAUUGUAUUGAGGCAGCGGUGCUUGACGUUACUGGAUACAGACGGUGUAUCGAGCAUGUAUCUUCUCUUCUGAAUAAAGGCGGGGUUCUCAUCAAUAUUGGCGACUUGGAGGGAGAAUAUUCUCAAGUUGGGGCGUAUAAGUUCCAAGGAGUGUCGAUAAAUAAACAGGAAGUACAAUCAGCAAUGGCUCAAGCCGGAUAUACCAUCAAACUCUACUCGGAAUUCCCUGUCACUGUUGAGGAGGCGCGAUACACUGACACAAAUGGGUACUACAUUGUUGUCGCGACAAAAUGAUUCUUUUCAAAACAAUUUAUUUUUCUGUUCUAAAUCAUUAAUUACGGCAUUUCUUCAGGCUAAACUUAAAGUGCGGUUCAAUAAUUGUCUUGCCUGUUUAAAACUACCAAAAGCCUGUAUUUAUAUAUUGUUGGCACUUAGCUUGGCAAAAACAGAUAUUUAUAUCUUUUUGUCAUUUAAACUAACAAAAACAGAUAUUCAUAUCUUUUUUGACAUUGGAUCAAAUAAAA